CAGGGUUAGGGUUCUGAUCGCGCUCUUAAGUAUAUAAGGCAACAGGGUCGUCGCACCUACCACUAUCAACCACUGUCGCGACGAGCAAGCAAAGUUUGAGCUACUUUCGUGUUUAAUCGACUCUAAAUUCUACGACCCAGUUUCUGUGAUUCACCAACUAAUUCCUUUUUUUACACACAAAAAUGUCUGCUGAAAAGAAGCCCGCAUCCAAGGCCCCCGCCGGCAAGGUCCCCAAGGACACCAUGAAGUCUGUCGACAAGAAGCGUGGUAAGAACAGAAAGGAGACCUACUCGUCGUACAUCUACAAGGUGUUGAAGCAAGUCCACCCCGACACUGGUAUUUCCAACCAAGCCAUGCGUAUUCUCAACUCUUUCGUCAACGAUAUCUUUGAGCGUAUCGCCACCGAGGCUUCCAAGCUCGCCGCCUACAACAAGAAGUCCACUAUUUCUUCUCGGGAGAUCCAAACUGCCGUCCGUCUUAUUUUGCCCGGUGAGCUUGCUAAGCAUGCUGUCACUGAAGGCACCAAGUCUGUUACCAAGUACUCUAGCAGUGCCCAAUAAACAGAUUUAUGAGUCCUGUCGUUAGCGGCAAUUCGCUGCUUUUGACUGUUCUAUAUGAAAACGUGUCUUGCAUUGCAUUUGUUCUAUCGCGCGCGUCGGCGCGUCUUUUCCCGUUGAUUCCUUUUUUGUUUGUGACAUUGUUUGCCCUGUAUCCGGUAGACGAAUGGGUCUAGACGUGGGUGUGCGCCUGUGACGUGUUGCCGACGCCUCUCGUUCCUUCUCGCUCGCGGUGCCGUGUCGGAUUCGCAUCGCACUGUAUAUCUUUCCCCCUUACCACUCCACUAUAUACCGCCGGUGCCGCUUUAAAGCGAAUAUAGGACGAGGAGGUGGAGCCGUGUCGCUCGCUAACAAGGCACUGCUGCUGUUUUAUCCCUGGGUGCACGACCUCGUCUUCCCCUUCUCUCGCCCUUAUUCCCGCGUCGGUUGCCUACGGUUAUUCGUGGUCUGGCCGUGUGUACCUUUUCCUGUUACCAUUCUCCUUUUUCUGGCGGUGAAAUGCAUGUUUGUGUUUGGACUCAAGUGCUGUUGGCCGAUUCACCGUGUUCCCAGCGCCGGCGCUUGGGCGGCAGGUGAUUGAUCGCUAUUUGGCUCUGUUCUACCCGCACUUUUGUCGCGAGUCAAUAGGUGCGGCUCUUCCGC